AGAAUGUACUCUGCGGUGAAACUGUGCAGAAAGCGAUUGUUUAUUGGUGUAGAAGGCAAUGUAUUUUUCAUUAAUUUGGUAGUUUAGUUUUCGUUUUAAGCGAACUAUCGAUGGAUCCAGUCGGCAAGGAUAUUAAAGAGGCCAUUUGUGAGGCUGAAAAGUUUUUUUCAAUUACACUGGCUAAAGAAAAACUUUCUCCAGCAGCAGAAAUAGAGCGUACCUUGCUAGCAGAUAAGUUCAGAAAGUUAAAAACCCAACUAGGAUUGCAAAAUGAAUUACCUAGUGGUGGCAAAGCACCUCCACGUCCACCGAAGGGUGCAGUUCCAAUGCCAGCACCAGUACCUGUUGCCAAUGAUGACCAGGGUGGAGAUGAACUCUAUGAUGAUGUGGCUGCUGUAAUAGCACAGGAUGAUCAAUACUAUGAAAUGAGCCAAGAUGCCGAGGGAAAAGAGGUACCAUCUUCAACAGCUACAGAUACAGGUGGUGAGAAUUAUGAGGUGAUGUCAGCUGAGCAGGAAAGUAAGGCACAAGGUGGUGAAACUGCUGGUGAAGACUACAUGGCUAUGGAGGAUGAUCUACACCAAGAAGAUUAUGUAGAACCUCAAGCAGAGAACACUGCAGAUGAGGAUUAUGAAGUUCCAGAACAAAGUGUCAAGCCUCCAGCUCCAGCUGAGCAAGAAGAGAACUAUGAGAUCCCAGGUGCUGAUGAAAACUACGAAGACACAGACCCUUCUGGUCCAAAAGACACAGAUGUUGAGAUGUAUGAAGGUAUUGAACCACCAGAAAGUGUAGAUGGAACUGUCAACUGGAAUCAACUAAAACAGAGCACAAGUCCUGAGAACAUUCAAGGUGUCAUUAUAGGAGGUAUUUUGAACAAACGUCGCAAGGAAGGAAAGGUGUAUUUGGGGAGUAAGUUUCAGAAGAGGUACUGUGUGGUGCGUAAUCACGCGAUGUACUACUUUAAGGACAAGAAGGCCAACAAACAACAAGGACAUAUCUUGCUGCCAGGUUAUAAAGUACAGCUAGACAGCAAGAAAGGACGAGAGUUUCAUCUCACACAUUCGGGUGGCCAGAGGACUUACCAGUUUGAGGCAAACAAUAAAGAAGAAGCAGAAAAGUGGAUGAAAGCCAUUCAGAGGGCUUGUGAUGCUCCGCUGUCUGAUCAUCAAAGGGCUGAAUUAGAAGAACUCCGUAACAGGCAAACCUCAGGAGAUAAUGACAGCCUUCACUAUGUCCCAGUUGAAGCGGGACAAACGAAGAACGAAAGUGUGGAAGAAGAAGAGGAACUGUAUGAUGACACUCAAGAAGAUUUAUACGAGGCAGUAGAGACCGUUCAAUCAUCUGUGUCAAACCAGCCUUCUCCAGGACCCACACAAGAACUGGUUGACUACGAAGUUUCUCCCUCGGCUGUCCCUUCAAAACAAGCUCCGCUUCCUCCUUCUCCGGGCGAAGUCAAAACAGUCGAACCCAUACAAGAAGAGGAAUACGAACUACCUGAGACAUCUGCACCUCCACCACGACCCAUCAAGACAGAACCCAUGCCACCCAUCCCCAGCGGAGACAAUCCACCAGAGGUACCCCCCCCUCGACCUUCCAAAGGACAGCUACCCAUCCCUCCUGUCUCUCCUGCCCCACCUGCCCCUCCCGCACCGCAGCAAGAUGACAUGUAUGAAGUUGCUGGACCGGACGCCCCUAACGACACCUCAGACUUACCGCCUCCCCCACCCCCUGUGUUAGAGGAAGAAAAUUACGAAGUUCCCGAUAAUGAAGCUCCUGCUCCACCCCCGAUGCGUCCUCCCAAAAGACCUCAACCCCAGACUCCUAAACCGCAAGCCAUUCCUCUAGUGGAGUCACCAGCAGAAAAAGUUCCCGAGCGACCCUCAAAGCCGGUUGCUAAGCAACCACCUCCUGCACCUAAACGGAAAGUUGAACCACCCGCGAGUCCUGCAGAAGUUCAAACGAUCGAAAUCAACUAUGCUAACAUCUACCAAGCCCUGUGGACAUGUGAUGCAGACGACAAAGAUGAACUGGCAUUCCGGCGAGGUGACCUGAUUUAUAUUUACGAAAAGCCGCAUAACGAUUGGUGGAUCGGGUCUUUGUUCAAACCUCAGGGAUAUAGUGUAGGUCUGGUGCCGAAAAAGUACGUCAUGGAGGCGUACGAAAUGACCGCCUAAAGUUAGCUUGUAAAACAAUUUUCUACGCCUUCUUCUUCAACUGAGCGUCUCUUGUUAGUGCAAGUUUGUUGCGAAACCCAGUUCAACCAAUGAGCGAAAUCGGAAUAUUUUUCUGUAUUUUUUUUUUUUUUAUUCUGGUGCCUUUCACGCUUUCGAGAGAAAAACAUAGUUUACCAUCGGAUGCUAUGUAUCUAUGACCAUGGAUUAGUGAACAGGUUUUUUUUUUUACAAGGGAUGGACUUUUUAACUCUUAUAUAUUUCCUUAAGUAAACCGGAGAUGAUGUUAAAAAGGAGUAUAAUGAUUCUCGCAGUUAUAUUCGCCUCUCCUCCUUGUGAAGAUGUGUGAAAGCGUAAAAUGUAGUAAAUGCAUGGCAAAAGUAAAACGGCGAAACAAAACAAAAUCCAAUGACCAAGCGAUUAUAGAAAAACUCAGUUUUGUAUUUAGAGCAUUAUAAUAGUAUUUCUCCAAAUAAUUUUUUAGAAAGAAAUCUGUAUCAGUGAGGAACAAAUAGUUCUUAGUUAGUUUUCUAUAAAAACAAAGAGGACCUAAGAGAGUCAUUGAAAUUCCAAACGGCUGUCGAAUUUUUUAUAAUUUUACUAUCAACCAUCAUAGAGCGGAAUCUACUUCUAAUUAGAAGUUUUAUUUAACAAAUCUGUGUUACUCUCAAAUAUUAUUACAUAUAGUAAAGAAUACAGGUGAGUACUUCUUUGGAGUAUGUAAUAAAGUGAGCUACAGACAA